AUGAAUUCUUUCGGCACCAUUCGCCUCUCUCUCAUCUUCUUCUUCUUCUUCGUUAAUUUUCUAAGUAUUUGCACUCACAUUACUGAAGCUGCACCAACUUAUAUAGGGCAUUACUGCCCAAACACCACCCUCUUCACUCCCAAAUCCACCUACCAAACAAAUCUCAACACCCUCCUCUCCUCCCUCUCCUCUGCCGCCGCCACCGAUGCCGAUGGCUUUGCCAAUGCCACUGCCGGCAAAAACCCACUUGACCGCACCUACGGGCUAUUCCUCUGCCGUGGCGACAUCGCUGCCGCCACUUGUGGCGACUGCGUGUCCAACGCGAGCAAGCAAAUACUCAGCGACUGCCCUAAAGAGAAAGACUCCAUCAUUUGGUACGAUGAGUGCAUGCUGCGUUACUCGAACCACUCCAUUUUCUCCGUUGAGCAAGAUGCGCCAGCCUUCGUAUUGAUGAACGAGGUCAACAUUUCAAGCCCUAGCAGCUUUGCCCAGUUGCUAAAGGACACGACCGAUGAAUUGGUGGAGAGUGCGGCGAGCGAUGGGUCUGGGAAGAGGUUUGCUGUCAAGGACGCCGACAUCUCGGGCUCGAAGCGGCUAUACACGCUCGCUCAGUGCACGCCGGACUUGACGUCGGCGGAGUGCAAGGCGUGCUUGCAAGGGGCCAUCAAGAAUCUGCCCAUUGAUAAGGAAGGAGGGAGAGUCUUGGCCCCGAGCUGCAAUGUUAGGUUUGAGCUUUACCAGUUCUAUAAUGAGACUGUCUUCCAUGAAGCACCGGCACCGGCGCCAACACUUGCCCCGCCACCUGCGGCGGUUGUAGCUGCUCCUCCUCCUUCUUCAACAGUGAGAUCUAAAGGAGUCAGAGUUAUGUCUUCCGGGGUUCUUUGCACCGCCGGCGUAGUGUUUUUUCUUUUUCCUUUUUGAGGGUGACGAUAAGCUGGGGUUGUUGAAGUAGAGUUACUUUCCAUUCAGUGUAAUAACUGAGGACGGAAUAAUGGGAAAAAGUUUGUGAGUACCUACAGUUCUUGAAUGUGACUCGUUUAAGGACAAGAU